AUGGCCAGACGUCCAGCUCGUUGCUACCGCUACUGCAAGAACAAGCCAUACCCCAAGUCGCGGUUUAACCGUGGUGUGCCGGACGCCAAGAUCCGCAUUUACGACCUGGGUCGCAAGCGUGCGUCUGUCGACGACUUCCCGACAUGCGUACACCUCGUCUCCAACGAAUAUGAACAACUGUCCUCCGAGGCGCUUGAAGCUGCUCGUAUCUGCGCCAACAAGUACCUCGUUAAGAUUGCCGGCAAGGAAGGUUUCCACCUGCGCGUCCGCACUCAUCCAUUCCACGUCAUCCGUAUCAACAAGAUGUUGUCGUGCGCUGGUGCCGAUAGACUGCAGACUGGUAUGCGUGGUGCCUUCGGCAAGCCAAACGGUCUCGUGGCUCGUGUGAACAUUGGCCAGAUCAUCCUGUCCGUCAGGACCAGGGAUGCUCACCGUGCCACUGCUAUUGAGGCUCUCCGCCGUGCUCAGUACAAGUUCCCAGGCCGACAAAAGAUUAUCAUCAGCAAGAAGUGGGGUUUCACACCUCUUGACCGUGAGGAGUACAUUGCCAAGCGCAGCGAGGGUCACUUCAAGCCAGAUGGCGCCUAUGUUCAGUUCCUCAAGAACAAGGGUCCUCUUGCCUACAACAUGAAGCGCUUCCCAGGUGCCUUCGGCGUCGGUGCAUAA